AUGGCCGUUGCGCAAAGGUUCCUCGUCAGUAUGUCCUGCGAGGCCGGCACGCCGCACUGGACGCUGACCGCGGUGGUUCUCCUGGGCUUUCUGCUGGGGAUCGUGUCAGCGUACCCUUUACCGAGCAGCAGGACAAAUGCAACUUUACUGGAGAAACGAUGGGAGACCCUCUUCUCCCGCUCUGUACUGGGGAUCUCCGGGGAGAAACCGGAGCUGAACUGGGAGAGUGACUAUCUGCUGGGCAUCAAAAGAGUGCGGAGGCUCUACUGCAACGUGGGCAUCGGGUUUCACCUUCAGAUCCUCCCCGACGGCAGGAUAAACGGUGUACAUAAUGAAAACCAGUACAGUCUAAUAGAAAUCUCUACGGUGGAGAGAGGAGUGGUGAGCCUGUAUGGGGUGAAGAGUGAGUUGUUUGUCGCAAUGAACAGCCGUGGAAGGUUAUACGGAACGACAGUCUUCCAUGAUGAGUGCAAGUUCAAGGAGAGCUUGCUCCCAAACAACUACAACGCCUACGAGUCUCUGGUUUACAGAGGCUCCUACAUAGCACUCAGCAAGCACGGCCGCGUGAAGAGGGGCAACAAGGCCACCACUGCCAUGACUGUAACGCACUUCCUACCCCGAAUAUGAUGAGCAAAAACUGGCAAUAACAAACUUAUUUGCACAUGUGGAUUAUUUCCCAGGUAACAUAAAUACCGUAUACGUACGUACAAACACAAAAGACAAAAAUGGACUGUAAAAGAAAGAAAUACAACUAUAUCUGAUAGUAUUUAUUCAAACUUUAUAUGUAUAUUUGGGUAGCUUACUUUGUAUUAGAAAAUUAUGGAAAUGCCAUUCUUUGCUGCUUUUAUGAUUUUCAUCAUUUUGUGACAUGAAGGGGAUGGAGAGGUGUCAUUUGUCCCCUCAGUUUUUAUGGGUGCUUAGUGGAAUUGGCUGAGUCCUUGCCCUGUCAGUGGAUGACAGUUCAUCCUUUUGGAAAUGAGAUGGAUAUGUAAUUACCUCAAAGCACCAUAUCCUGAGAAGAAGAGGAAGAGGAAAAUGAGAAAUGUGUGCAUGAAAUUUCUACAGAGUUUGUUUCCUUAAGAACGUUUUUGUUGUCGUCCAUCAAGGACAUGGACAUUUCCCAUUCGCUAUGUUGGAUUGUGUCUGUCACUGUCAGGGCAACUAGAGCACUUGCAAUUAUGGCGGUGGGUUUUUUUUUUUCUUGCUUUGUCAUGAGGUGGCGGUGCCUUGAAUUCCUACUUGCGGCCCCCUUACCCUUGCAUGCGAGAAACGUGGUGCUCAAGUCAGAAAUAGGAAUGAAAUGCAAGUCAUCACUCCCUCAGACACCACCGGCCCAAUUCCUAGAGGGCCAGAGGUUUCUCCGCUUUAUUUUCUUUCCAUAAUUAGAUCAAUUAAGUAAUUGAGACUCUAUGCUGCACAGGACCCAGUGGAGCCUCAUGUGAAUAUGGAAAGCUAGAUUUAGAGUCAGCACUCAACUCCCCCGAUCAUGUCCAGGGGAGGUUUGACAAUCCCAGGUUUUACUUUCACAAAUUUUGUAGCCGGAUCAUCAGGCCAGAGAGAGUGUGUGAGUGCGUGCGUGCUGUAAGCGCGGGCAUGCAUUUAUUUUAAGUAUGUAUGUGGAAUUGCUCUGUUUGGGAGCUGCUUAAUUUGAGAGGUUUUUUUUUUGUCUUUGAUUGCUGGUGGUCACGGGGGGCAUCUUUGUAGCCGAAUAUCAUAGACCUGACACUAUGAAGCAAAGCGACCUCCAUUUCAGUCUGCUUUACCUUAUGUUUUCCCCCUGUUCAAACUGAGUUGAUGCAUCUGGGUCUGCAGAUGAUGUUUUGUUGUUGAUGGUUCGCACUAAUUUAUUGAAUUUUGUUUUUGCAAAUGUUGACUUUAUAGCAAAAUUGAUGACAGGAGCUUUUUGACUUUCACACUAGUUUGAUCACAUUUGGCACUUAAAAUUAACGUGCUUAUGCACAAAUGGGUGUUGUAGCAGCGGAUGUUGCUGAUUAGUCAAUUCACUGCAAAUAUGAUGGUCUGCUGCAUUAACUGAAGGUAGUAUAAAUAAUGCAGGUUGUUUUAGAGAGAGCUGGAACGGCUUCAGAGUUCAUGAUCCUGGGAUUUGUGAACAAUACUUCAGGUAACUCAGUUUUUCUGGCAUUUAGAUGAUGUGGAUUGUGUUUAUUGAUCCCAGAUUUUUAAGCUAUGUAUGCAUUAUUCAGAUUGGUCACUGAGUCACAAUAUGGCUUCCUGUGAAAAAAAAGAAAUAUGAGCAAUGUUGCAAAAAGCAGUGAACCAAAGGGUUAUACUGACACGUUCAUUCAGGCUUUGUGUAUGCAGCAUACCAUACUUGAAUUCAACAACUGCUUGCGGUUCUCUUUCAGUUACUGUAGUUUUUCCAUUGUGGAGACGAGGGGGAAAGGGGCGAGGACAAAGAGCUGGCAAAGUUGAAGAUAGCAGUGAUGUACAGAGGACUUGGGAUUCUGCAAGUGGCACUGGUUGUUUGUUUAACUCAGCGAGGAUGUGGAUAAUGCAGGGUAAAAUACCUGAGCAUAGAACUGGUGGGCCCCUCGUCUGUUGAUGUCUGAUUGGACAGUCGGUUCAGGGUCCUGGGAUUCUUGUCUCAUUCAUCUGAGCCACUUUUGUACCAAGGUCGGAGAUGCAGGCUUUCUGUCCUCUGUGCUACGGAUGUAGGCGUGUAUUCUGGUCCAUCUCAAUGACUUCAACCUUCUUAUUUAACGGAGCUCUGCGCCUGUGAGGCUAUUUCUUGAUCACAACGACAACAAUUGUCUUGUAAAUGUACAACAAAGAGCAGAGUCUUUUUUAAUGCUGAAAUGAGGCGCUCCUGAUCUUGACCUCUGAUGAUUUUGAAGUGAUGAUACUGAAUUUUCAUACUUGACCUGCAAUAUUUUGUAAGUAGCAAACUACCAGUCAGGCCAGCUUGGUGAAAUAUGAUUUUGAGAAAGUAGCAAGGCUCUUACAGACAUAUCUUAUCAUAUUUUACCUCAUGCCCUCUCUAACAUUACUGUAACGCACUGACAAAAUGUCUGUGAGCAAUGGUUUACAUGCCCUUUAAGCUCCAGCUUCUGUCUAGUAGCAGAGACGAAUGUGCAGUAUGUGGUUAGAAUGAGUGUGUGCGUGCGUGUGUGUGUAUGUGUGUCCAACUGAGCACACUCCUGUCAUGUUCUGUUUCUGCCAAAGCGACAGUAGAGAUGGUAUCAGAUCCAUUUACCUUGAGUCAGGAAUAACAGGGCAUUGUCUGACUGUGCAAGCUGAUGUACUGUACUCGCCUCACAGGAGAGGAGAGGAGAGGGAUGGAAAAAGUAACACAGAGGCUAAUGAGGGACGUCCGUCAAACGAAAGCACAGCACAGCGUGGUUGAAGCUGGUAGUGAAUGUAGCAAAAGGCCACGUAACAAGAAUCAAAUGCUUCCAGGAAAGGGACGCUUGAGUUAACAGGCUGUCUGUCAGACUGAAUACUGUGAUUCAAGAGAGCAACUUGACACUACCAGGAUGUCAUAUUUAAUGUUUUUGAAUAUCGACACCAUUGAUAAAUGUGUUUUGGGGGAUUUUGCCUUGAGCAUCUUAUUACUCGUCACAUCACUGUGAUCAGAAAAUGAUCACUCGUAGCUUUUUCUGGGCUGAUUUAAUGGCAGUGAGGAGUCGGUUGGAGUGGUGUUUUGGCAAAUUUGUCAAAAUAUACUUAAGGUGCAAUUUUUUUUCUUUGUUUUUUUUUUUUUUUUUUAAUGGAGUGCAAUUUACUGAGCAGGGGGAAGAUGCUGUUUUUUCCUUGCUUUCAUCAAAACAUGCUGACAUGCAAGAUCAAAAGUACUUGUUUUUGAUGACAAAUUUGUGUCAAUUACUGUAUGUUUAUUUUUGAUUAAUUGUGGUAUGUUUCAGAGGACACUGUCAGCACAACAAGCAAUGUUUUGAGCGGUAGAAUGGGAAUUGCAAAGUUACAAUGGCUCCUCAAGGUGUAAGAGACGUGAUAAGUUGACAUUGUGGGAAAUGAACUUGAUAUUGUUUACACCUAAAGCAACUUAGCUUGGUGUUAGAUUUUCAAAACUUGGGAAGUGAAAAUCUAAAGAAAAUAUUAUCCUGUUACAAGUUCUACAACUUUUGCAUGAUGUUAUUUUGAGGCAGAAAAGGUUGUAUGAUAUAGCAGUAACUGAGAGAAGGUUGUUUAUGGUGAAGAAAAAUAUCAUCUUUCAACAUAAACCCUUACUUCCUUAAUUCCCCAUUAUGCAUAUGGAGUUCUGAAUGGACUAGGUAUGUGUUACCCCUUUGAUUAAGGAUCCAGUGUCUGGAUUUUGCCAUUGUGCUUAUCAUACCUGUUCAGCUGGUUUUAAAAUGUGUUGGUUCACAGGGAGCUGGAGGUCUGUGGGUGGAUCUGGGAUCAGACUUGUGUGUGUGUGCAUGUGUGUCCCUGUGUGCCAGCAGCCUUUGUGUUUCUCUCUCAGUUUUCUAUUCCUGCACUGAGGGGAGAGUGCUUCCUCCGAGUCCCCCUCCUCUUUUUUAACAUAUACCUCACCUUCUGCCUUAGUUCCGAUUAUUGAAAUGAUUGUAAAUUAGUUUGAAACAACAGACUUCUCCAAUCAUUUGUUUCUGAAAAAUAUGAUGACGAGUAAGUAAAAUACUAUAUUACAAAUGGUUUUCCUUUUAUUUUUGUACGUAUGUGCUGUGCACAGCAGUCAACUGUAUU